AAGAAAAGAGGAAAAAAAAAAAGAAACAAACAAACGGCGAUCUUUCUUUAGCCGUAAAGCUUCAAUUAUGAUAUUUGGGGCAAAUUUAAUUUUUAGAAACAUUAUUAUUAUUAUUAUUGUUAUUAUGCCAACAAAAUCUUAAUCACUUUUCGCACUUUGCUAAGAUUUUGUUGUAGUUUGACUGUAAUAAUGCGAUGCAGGGUGUAGAAGAAGCUUGAUUUCUACGACCGUUUCAUGACUGUUUCCUUCUCUCCUGCCAUGGCUGCCCAAGGGCCUGGAAAGAUGAGCAAAACUUUAAACUGAAAGCUGAAUCAGUGGAAACUAGAGCUGAUCACUCAUGGGGAAGAGAAGGCCCAAAAGCUGUCAUCAUCCCAUCUUCUUCUGCGUCUUCUUCCUCUUUCUGGCGAAUCAUUCAUCCGCUCUGCAUCAAACUCGCCUUCUUUUAUCCUUCAAAUCCUCCAUUUCCAACGACCCAUCACGCGCUCUCUCCAAUUGGCUUCCCUCUCUUCACAUCUGCCAAUGGAACGGAAUCACAUGCACCAACAAAACCGACGCCGUUUCGGCCACUAUCACUGCCAUUCACCUCUCCGGCAAGAAUCUCACCGGCGCCAUUCCCGAUUCCGUUUUACGCUUGCCCCACAUCCAAAUUCUCGACCUCUCCGACAACCAAUUCGUCGGUCAAUUCCCUCCGAAUAUGUUCACGGCCGCCUCCCCUUCGCUACUGCAUUUGAAUUUGAGCAACAAUAAUUUGAGCGGCCCGAUUCCCAGCGGUGUCAUCUCCGGACUUACAACACUGGAUUUAUCCAACAACAUGAUCACGGGUGGGAUUCCGGAGAGUAUUGGAUGGUUUUCUAGCCUCAAAUUUCUUGACAUCGGAGGGAAUGUUUUAGUGGGCAAAAUUCCCAAUUCGAUAAGGACUCUCACGUCGUUGGAAUUUUUGACGUUGGCGUCUAAUAAAUUGGUGGGAGAAAUUCCGAGGGAAUUGGGAGGAAUGAAGAGGCUGAAGUGGAUUUAUUUGGGUUACAAUAAUCUUUCAGGGGAAAUCCCUGAAGAAAUUGGCCAAUUGGGUUCUCUGAAUCAUCUUGAUUUGGUAUACAACAAGCUCACAGGGAAAAUUCCAGAAUCCGUGGGAAAUCUCACUCAACUUCAGUACCUGUUCCUCUACCAAAACGAUCUCACAGGUACGAUUCCCCCUUCGAUUUUCCGUCUCGUGAAUCUGAUUUCUCUAGAUUUAAGCGACAAUUCUCUGUCGGGGGAGAUUCCGGAACUCGUAAUUCAUCUGCAGAGGUUGGAAAUUCUGCAUCUGUUUGGGAACAAUUUCACGGGAAGAAUUCCGAGAGCGAUUGCCUCUCUGCCUCGGCUACAGAUUCUUCAAUUAUGGUCCAAUCGAUUUCGCGGCGAGAUUCCGGAAUUACUUGGAAAGCGAAGCAAUCUCACUGUAGUUGAUUUUUCGAGUAAUUAUCUGACCGGGAAAAUUCCCGAUGGCCUCUGUGAUUCCAAACGCCUAUUUAAACUCAUCCUCUUCUCGAAUUCUCUCAUCGGCCAAAUUCCACAGAGUCUCAGUUCUUGCAAGACUUUGCGCCGAGUUCGGCUCCAAAAUAACCGCCUCUCUGGCGAGUUGUCUCCAGAAUUUACGAAACUACCCCUACUUUACUUUUUGGAUAUCUCUGGCAACAAUUUCUCCGGCAGAAUCGACGACCAGAGAUGGGAUGUGCCGUCUCUCCAAAUGAUGAGUUUGGCGAGGAAUAAAAUAUCAGGGAAUUUGCCGGAAUUUAUCGGGAGUGAUAAGAUCGAGAGUUUGGAUUUCUCGGCGAAUGAAUUUUCGGGCGCUAUCGCGGAGAGUUUCGGGAGAUUACCAGAGCUAAUGCAACUAAAUUUGAGCAACAAUAAAUUUUCCGGUGGAAUUCCAGAUGGGAUGUCUUCGUGUAAGAAGCUUGUGAGUUUAGAUUUAAGCCACAACCGGCUGACCGGCGAAAUUCCGGUCACUCUCUCUCGAAUUCCGGUUCUUAGCUUCCUUGAUUUGUCGGAGAACGAAUUGUCCGCGUUAGUCCUGAUACGACGUCGUAAGCAUCAGAUGGGAACAAAAAGAGUGGAAAACGAAGACGGAAUAUGGGAGCUCAAAUUCUUCGAUUCCAAAGCGUCUAAAUUGGUGACGGUGGACGCCAUUGUGUCGGCGUCGAAGGCGGAUCAAAGCGGGGUUGAGAUGCAAUUUCUCGUGGAGAAAAUUAAUGGGAAAGACGUCGAGAAAUCGGUACUUCCGGCCGGGAGCUUCUGGUCGGAGAUCGCUGAAUUGGGGAAGCUCCGGCACCCAAAUGUGGUGAGAUUACUGGCCACGUGUCGAUCGGAGAAAGGUGGGUACUUGGUCCGUGAAUUCGUAGAGGGACAAUGUUUGACUGAAAUUGUCGGGAAUUUAAGCUGGGAACGGCGUCGUAACAUCGCCGUCGGAAUCGCCAGAGCUCUACAGUUUUUGCACCGCCACUGCUCUGCGGCCGUUAUCGCGUCCAUUCUCUCGCCGGAUGAGAUCAUCGUCGAUGAAAACGACGAACCACGCCUCGUAAUCGGAUUGUCCAACACCUUCAUUUCUUCAGACUACUACGCCCCCGAGGCUAAGGAAAGUGGAGAUAUAACCGAGAAAAGCAACGUCUACACUUUGGGGCUGGUUCUGAUCCAAUUACUAACCGGGAAAGGACCCGCGGACCCGGAGCUGACCGGCCACCGGCAAGGGCUGGUAGAAUGGGCACGCUACUGCUACUCCGAUUGCCAUCUUGACACGUGGAUCGAUGAUGCGAUCACCGGCGCCGCCGCCGACCAGAACCAGAUCGUCGGAAUUAUGAACUUAGCACUGAAUUGCACCGCCGGCGAGCCCAUGGCGAGGCCAUCCUCACACCAUGCCUACAAAACGCUUCUCUCUCUUUGUCGGACCACUUACUGUUCUAAACUUUUGUCCAACUAGAAUUUGCUCCCACUCUCACUUUUUCUU